AAGAAAGGUUAAACAUAAAACAAAGAAACUAACCAAGCAGACAUACUUACCAAGGAAGCAAGAAACUAGUGGUAAUACUAGAAUCGUUAUUGGUAACGCUUUAGCCAAAGGAAAUCACAAUCGUCAGGAAAGGCUGUGGAUUAUAAAAGAAAAAUUUUUUUGA